AUGAGCGCCGCACCAACUACAAGCACUGGUCCAACAACCACCAGUGCUUCUACACCCACCAUGAGCACCCCUCCAACCACCACACACUGCACCAACCACUACAAGCGCUUCUACAACCACCACUGCUGCUCCAACCCCUACCGGUGCCGCUCCAACUACAAGCACUGCUUCAACCACUACAAUCGCUUCUACAACCACCACUGCUGCUCCAACCUCUACUGGUGCCGCUCCAACUACAAGCGCUGCUCCAACCACCACGAGCGCUCCUCCAACAACCACCAGCGCUUCUACAACCACCACGACGCUGCUCGAACCACCACGAGCACCCCUCCAACCACAACUACUGCCGCACCAACCACAAUCUCCUCUCCAACCACCACGACUACUUCUCCAACCACCACAGUCACUCCAACCACUACCAGUGCUUCUCCAACUACUAGCACUGCUCCAACCACUACAAGCGCUUCUGCAACCACAACUGCUGCUCCAACCACUACUGGUGCCGCUCCAACUACAAGCGCUGCUGCAACCAGCACUAGCGCUGCUCCAACUACAAGCGCUGCUCCAACCAGCAUGAGCGCCGCAUCAACUACUAGCACUGCUCCAACCACUACAAGCGCUUCUACAACCACCACUGCUGCUCCAACCACUACUGGUGCCGCUCCAACUACAAGCGCUGCUCCAACCACCACCAGCGCUUCUACAACCACCACGAGCACCCCUCCAACCACAACUACUGCCGCACCAACCACAAUCUCUUCUCCAACCACCACGACUACUGCUCCAACCACCACAGUCACUCCAACGACUACAAGCGCUUCUACAACCACCACGAGCACCCCUCCAACCACCACAGUUGCGCCAACCACUAGUAGUACUUCUCCAACUACAAGCGCUGCUCCAACCACCACCAGCGCUGCUCCAACCACCACCAGCGCUUCUACAACCACCACGAGCACCCCUCCAACCACAACUACUGCCGCACCAACCACAAUCUCCUCUCCAACCACCAUGACUACUGCUCCAACCACCACAGUCACUCCAACCACUACCAGUGCUUCUCCACCUACAAGCACUGCUCCAACAACCACAAGUGCUUCGACAACCACCACAGUCACUCCAACCACUACCAGUGCUUCUCCAACUACAAGCACUGCUCCAACAACCACAAGUGCUUCUACAACCACCACUGCUGCUCCAACCACUACCAGUGCUUCUCCACCUACAAGCACUGCUCCAACAACCACAAGUGCUUCUACAACCACCACAGUCACUCCAACCACUACCAGUGCUUCUCCAACUACAAGCACUGCUCCAACAACCACAAGUGCUUCUACAACCACACAUGCUUCUACAACCACCACUGCUGCUCCAACCACUACCGGUGCCGCUCCAACUACAAGCACUGCUCCAACCACUACAAGCGCUUCUACAACCACCACUGCUGCUCCAACCACUACUGGUGCCGCUCCAACUACAAGCGCUGCUCCAACCACCACCAGCGCUGCUCCAACAACCACCAGCGCUUCUACAACCACCACGAGUACCCCUCCAACCACAACUACUGCCGCACCAACCACAAUCUCCUCUCCAACCACCACGACUACUGCUCCAACCACCACAGUUGCUCCAACCACUAGUAGAACUUCUCCAACUACAAGCGCUGCUCCAACCACCACCAGCGCUGCUCCAACCACCACCAGCACUUCUACAACCACCACGAGCACCCCUCCAACCACAACUACUGCCGCACCAACCACAAUCUCCUCUCCAACCACCACGACUACUGCUCCAACCACCACAGUCACUCCAACCACUACCAGUGCUUCUCGAACUACAAGCACUGCUCCAACAACCACAAGCGCUUCUACAACCACCACUGCUGCUCCAACCACUACUGGUGCCGCUCCAACUACAAGCGCUGCUCCAACCACCACGAGCACCCUCCAACCACAACUACUGCUGCACCAACCACAAUCUCCUCUCUAA